UUCAGCACAUACCGUUAAAUUGGCAUGCAGCCUACGCUUGGGUCCUGUGGCAGGAGACUGCGCCGCUUUUGAAAAUGUUACCGUCUUAUCAGCGGAGUUACCUCGGGCAGCAGGGCAGGGUCGCCUUAUUUCAUCUUUUGUGCAGUAUUACAGGUGUGUGGGGCAGUCAGGUGGUGGUGCCUCAGAGGGUGAAUGCUGUGCUCGGGAAGAAUGUGACAUUAGAGUGCCGGGUAGAGGUGGGCGCGAACCUUACUCUCACUCAGAGUUCCUGGGAGCGCCGUCUGCCUUCAGGCUCUGUCACAGUUGCUGUCUACAACCCACGGUAUGGCAUCUCUAUCCCUCCAGAGUUUAUCCAUCGCUUGUAUUUUCGCUCGCCCUCCUCGUAUGAUGCCACCAUUGUCCUGGAAAAUGUGGGCUUUGCUGACGUCGGGAUCUACACCUGUAAGGUUGCCACGUUUCCGUUAGGAAACACUCAAGCCUCCACUACUGUCAAUGUACUCGUGGAGCCAAAAGUCUACGUGUCUGCAGGUUCAUCUGCCCUGAUCGAUGGGGGCAAUGAUACUGUGGUGGCCACCUGUAUCGCUGAGCGGGCCCGGCCCCCUGCUGAGGUGUCCUGGGAGUCCAACCUUUUUGGCCAGUCAGAAGUGCAGCUUUUUGAUGAAGCAAACGGCACGACCAGCACUCAAGUGAGCUACCUCUGGCAGCCUACACGUCACAUCCAGGGCCACGCACUCACCUGUGUGGUCCGCCACCCGGCUCUGCAGAGUGACUUCAGGAUCCCCUACCAGCUCAAUGUGCAGUUUGCUCCUGAUAUCUCUGUUGUGGGCUAUGAUGGAGACUGGUAUGUGGGUCGGGAAAAUGUUCAAAUGACAUGCAAAGCUAAUGCAAACCCACCAGCUAAUCACUUCAGAUGGAUCAGGUUGGACAGUGAAAUGCCAGAAGGAGUGGAAAUAAUAAACAGCACUUUGCUCUUCCUGCGUCCCCUCCAGCGGAAUGACUCUGGAGUUUACAGGUGUGAGGUUGCCAAUGACAUCAACCUCCGCAGUCGGGAUGUGCGCAUUCUAAUACAAGAUCCUCCCACCAUGCCUUCCACCAUUACUGCUCCUGUCCUAACUGGCUCUGCCUCCUCCACCUUAGUGGAUGAUAAGGGGCAUGUUCUUCUGAGCUCCCCAACACUUGAAGCCCUACCUGAAAGUAAUCUUGGUUCCAUAGUGGGUGGGGCUGUGGGCGGGGCCUUGUUCCUGCUGCUGCUGCUUUCUCUGGUUGGUGUGUGUUACCUACGGAAACAGCAGACCUUCCACGGGAAUUACUACACCAAGCAGUACCUGGGCCCCAAUGACCUCCAGAAAGCCCCCACACAGCACGAGCUCCACCCAACCAAAGCUGGCGGCUCCCAACAUCAGGACCACGACCGGGAGGAGUGGGGCGACCGCCAGCUCAAACAGGAGCGUGAACGUCGUCACCAUAGCAACUACAACGGGGAGGAGUAUCCCUCUAAUGGCUACACCAGGGCAAUGAGGGAAAGCAGUCAACACAGCCAGCAGCAAAAUCACCACCGUGAACACGCACAGUAUUCUAGUCCACGGCAGGCCAGAUGUGCCAGAUACCCUCACUCACCUAAACUACAAGGAAACGGCUCCCCCUACCUGUCAGAUGACUGCUACGAUAGCGGGCCUGAGGGUGACUAUGUCUCUCACACAGACGGGUCUGUUAUCUCACGCAGGGAGUGGUACGUUUGACAAGCUACCUGGUUCUGCAGGAGCAGAGAUCUGACAGAAAUCACAAGGUUUCAUUUAUCAGAUUAGGGAAAAAACAUAUUAUUUCUCAUAUUAUUUCACACAUGCACACAUCUACUAAUCUCAAUUCUGUAGUUCCCUGUUUUGUUCAAGUGUCCUGGUUGACACUUGAGAUAUAAUAUUUCUGUUCAUGAUGUGAACAGACUGCACAGCCACUGUGACAGUCAAAAUAUACAUGCCUACAGAAGUUGGCAUGUCAUUAGUUUGUGUGUGUAGAGACUAACUAAAGAUCAUGAUGUAUGUGCUGGCUCUGCCUUACUACAUGGACUGCCAAUUUAUUUAGCAUUACUAAUAUCUUUUAGUUGAUUGGAAGCCCUGGGGGCUUGGGGGUUUUUUUUGUUUGUUUGUUUCUACAAUAUAAGCCUUCUCAGGCAACGAGACACUUACUCAGUUGUAUUUGUAUGUGUUGAUAUUGCUUACAGACGUUUGAUUAAAAGACCUCUGACCUCUGAAUCUGAUGGUUGAUAUUCAAAAAUGGUAUAGAACCCAUGACUGGGAGUAAAUCCAUGAAACUCAGAGUCACAGGUCCUUUUUCCAAACCUCAGUAGGACACAGCAGAGGCAUAUAGGCUAAUUUAAAAGAGGAUUUAUCCCACUGAGAAAUCAGAAUUGAUGAUCUUUCUACUCAGAUUCAUGGUCAUAAAACGUAUUGCACUGCCUUUUGCAAAGCUGUAUAAUGGACAACCACAUCAUUUGUUUUCUACUAAAAUGUCUACUCUUUAUGUAACAUGAUGGGAGACUUGAGGACUUGACCACUGGCGUCUUAGCAAUGUCCUUUAAAAACAAUGGCCUGGAGUGGGAACCUUAAGAGCAUUUCUACUGUAUGUCCACAGCUCGUCGUCUCUUAUCCCCAGGAGGGAGAGAUGGAGGGAGGGCAAGCAGGGAUUUCUGCAUGAAUGAAGCACAGUCCACUGUAACAACAGACUGUGUUAACCAGACAGUCAAGCCUUGAUAUGCAAAUUUGCUACAUCAUUCUGCAAGUUUAGAUAAGCUGGAAUAGCAUUUCUUCUGUUUAACAUUUGAUUUGUGUGAUUUCUUGAUUUUUUAUUUUUUCAGGUUAGUUAUCUACUUCAGUAAGCCACAAACACAUUCCCCUGUUAUCUACCAGAUGGUCAUGGAUGUGUUUGAGAGUUUGCACUCUGGCACCAACCCAGACCUCUUGGAAACUCAAGAGUGCUAUCAGCAGGGGCAUUGUUGAAAGCAGGCUACAGUAUGGCAGCCACCAUACGCUGGCCUCCCAGUCACAAAGUAUUUUGUUACACAAAGAAGUCAUUCAAGAGUGCAGCCGGUACGCCCAACCACAAAUAACCACAGAUGAACUAAUUUCACGACUCUGAGUAAUCUGUAGAAAAAGACAUGACUGUGUCACAAUCUGAGGCAUUAAUAGGCUUAUUGUUGCUUAUCCGUGUGUGUAGCUGUACGUUCUAAUAAUUUUCACCUUUUUGUUUUGUUUUAUUUAGGAUUUAUUAUUACUACCAGUAUUACCACAGUUAACUAAACAUUAUGUAGACAAAUCAGGUCUUUUGUGAUGGAUGUGCUGUCGCCUUUGGUUAUCAAAGCCACAGCACAGUUCUUACUCGCCUGAUGGAACAGACAAUAUUUUGUUGCACUGAUCAUUCAUAACUAUCAUUUGAAUAGCUAAAAAAAUAAUACACCCCAGGAUGUUUUCUGAAAAGGAUUUCAGGCUGGAUUCACAAUUAAAUCUGUGCUGAGACUCUCAAAGGUUGCAGGACACACCAAUUACUGUGACUGAACUGGGGAGAAAGUGUUUUACAUGUCAGUGUCUUUGGGCUUUGGAGCCCCAGUAGUUCAGGUGUCAAACUUAGAUAAAGCUACUAUAGAUUAAAAGAUACAUUUCAGUUUUUGUAUUUUGAUCAGAUGCACACAGAUGAAGUCUUUUGGCACAUGCACUUAUUUACCAGACAGCAUGGAGGGGAUCCAACAGUUUCUUCUAUGUACACUAGUGUUUGUGAAUACAUGCCAACUUUAGUAGUAUGGUCACCUAUACAAUAUUUGCUGCCAGAUGCCAAAUAUUUGUUGAACUUGUAUGUAUAAAUAUGAUGAUGACAGUGUCUCACAUAAGUAUUGCUGACUAGCUAACAACUGAUUAUAAGCUUAUAUUAAUGACUAACGUGUCACUGUUGUAUACAGGGUCUUGUAGCCUGAAAUAGAAGUGAAAAGAUGCUUUAGGCCACUUUAAUAUUACAGUAACAGUUGUCAAAAUGGGAAUUAGUUAUAUAUUGUUAUAAACCCUCACUGAUUAUUUGUCAGGGUGUGAAUUUUGUGCAGUGAAUAGGCUGCAGUUCUUCUAGUGAGGUUUGAUAAUGUGCCACUUUAAGUUGCAAGCAGAGAAUAUGACCCCUAUACUGCAGGUUAUGUUGUUUGAACUGUUAUUUCAAACACUGUGCAGUACACCAGAACUAAUUUAUUUCCGUAGACAGAAGCCUCCUUUUCUAAUGAGUACCUUAAGUUUCAGUUCACUCUGAUAAAUUAACAUAAUUCCUCACUUACCACCAGUGAGGUACAGAAAGGUUUGGUAUCUGUUGACUAAAGCACUCUGAAUAAUCUACAGUGUGGAUCACCCAGAAUAACCAACAAUGUUUCUGUAAAGUGAAGUUGCUGUAAAAUGUCUAUAAUGCAAUGUUUCAAUAUCAUGAGCUCGAUCGUUAGGGAGCGUGUCCACUGAAGCGUUUUUUCCUGAGGCCAGCAUAUUUUUUAAUUCUCUGUAUUUGGAGCGCUGCAUAUUUACACUAAAUAAAACAAAAACAAAAAACAAAAAAUGUUCAGCUUUGAGUAAAACACUGCACUUGUCACUGUCACUUUUUACCCAGCCAUUCCAUCAAAGUGGAGAAGGGACAAAUAUCACAAACCAACCGUCACAUUUUAUAUUUACAAGUGUUGAACAACAACAAUGGAGGAGAAAUGUGUUGAUAUACUGUAUAGUAAGUAAUAUGUGUCCUCUCAUGAACCCACAUUGACUAACAGGGUCCACCCUGUCUCUAUACGUGCUUCAGCCAGAGGCAACUACUCUAAUUUGCACCAGCAUUUUUACUUUGUCGAUAUUCUGUAUCAUAGCAAUGAGACGCAACCAAAGCGUCUCAGCUGAAAAAUGCUGCGCCUCCAAAGCGCUCUCAAUCGCUCCCAUCUGGGCAUUUCCUAAGGAGUGCCUGGCAUUUGCAGCUGAAAAAAGAACACUUUGGUGGACACGGAGCCUUAUUGUGUUCGAAAUCUGUAAGAAUCUCAAAACCUGGUUUGCUUAAACUAUCUGCAUUUUAGACACAGCUACAUGUAAGUGAGAACAUGUGUUUCAGUGCAACUUGGGUGAACUGACCAUUUAAUGUCCAAAAUGAAGUGUACAGUUGGAAAUUUGUGAACCACAGAACCUCAUUUAGAUUGUUAAAUUUAAGGUUUUGGGGGUGUGGGUGUGCUGCUGACGCCUAUUCAUUUUGCCUUUGUGGUCACUUUCACAUAAAUGCAGAGGAUAACAGGAACCACAGCAGCCUAACCCCUGUUUGUGUUUGCUUCUAUGCACUAAGAUGGAAAUGCCACCAAUCAAUAUACUAUUUUUGCUUGACUCGUCAGUUUGCAGCCCCGCACCUGGAUUAAUGAAGUUCUUUUGUACUGUAAUAUUUUGUAUAGAGAUCGGUCAUCAAUAUCUUUACCUUGAGAAAUGUCCUUCACUUUGGGUUGAGAAAUACAACUAGUGCCUUAGAUACCUAGAAGAAGAAAUUCAAGUGUUUUCUUAUUAUUUUUUACUUAUGGAUGUUUUGUUGCGCUGUGAGAUUUAUUUGUUGCCCUUUUGUUUUCUGCAUACUGUAUGUUAGGAGGACUCAGUAGUGCCAUAUUCACUUUUCUGACAGUUAAGGACGCAGUAUAUUUGCAAACCUAGAGGCAUUAAAACACACAAAAAGACAAAGCUUGAAUAAACUUUGAUGUAAAAUUAGUUAGAGCAUCUCUACUUCACAGGUAUCUGUCAGGGGUUUUUGUUUCUGUAGAAUCACUGUUGUUCAAAGAGGUGAAGAAUUACCUUCAGUCUCACAUCGUUAAUGAAACGCACCUUGUGGUCAUGUUUGUUUUUUGUAUAUACAGAAGAAAAAUGUAAGUUUCUGGAUGAAAAAAAAUAUUUAUGUCAGUGACAACAGUGGAGAAUUAUUUUGUCAAUUUUUUUUGAGAUACUUUAGUUCAAUAAAGCACCUUAGCA